CUGGAGCCGCCGCUAGGUGUCGCUACAGCGACAUGAAGCGGAACUUUGCACAAAAUUUGCGAUAUUCUCUUUAAGUCUUUAAGAUGAAUUGUUGGUUUUGAAUUCUAAAACUUGAGUUUUGAAACUGAUAAAGUCUCGCUAGCUUGUACAGCUUCCUCUGUUGGCUAAACCCAGCAGCGGCCAAAAACUGUCCUCUGGAAAUGUUUGUGCUAGGUUGUGGACAGACAUGCAGAGGUACUAUUGGCCCAACUAUGAAAUGCAACUCCUCGGAGAACUGCAGAAGCAGCAGAACACUGCCCAGUUCUGUGACACUCUUCUGCAAACUGAGGGGAUCUCCGUCCCAACUCACAGCUGCAUCCUGGCAGCUCUUAGCCCCUAUUUUUCCCAGAGGUUGUCUUCAUCUCCAUCUCCUCCAUCUGGACAGAAACACCUGUUAAAGCUCCACACAGUUACAGCUCACGUCUUGCUGAAGCUCGUCAGUCUCAUGUAUUCAGGAGAGCUGGAAGUUGAGGGAAAUGAGGAGAAGAGCGAAUUGUUGGCAGCAGCCAGCCGGUUUGGAUUCUCUAAUCUUGUAGAAGGUUGUAAAGACGGAGUUAGAUGGCAGAGCACACCGAGCUACAGGAAGACGUACAGAAGCAUGUCAAUGAUGGAUGCACAAGUUCAAGUGGAAAUGGCUGUAAAUAAUCGUAAUUCUCCAGAGAAGAAGAGCUGUGCCUCCGUUGGUACCCAAACAGUUGUGCUCUUUGAUAAGGAAACGUCUCAGGUCCCGUUUGCUGUGGGUUUCUCUGCAUUGUCGCAUUGUGAAAACAUGCCGGUGGAUAAGCUGAUGUGCCUGACUCCCUGUCCAACCAUCACAAGUGAUGGAGAAUCUGAUGCAGGGCUGUCCACAAACCACAAACAGUCCUCUGCUUUGUUGUGUGAAACGGACAGCUUCAUUGAAAGUUCACAGAGGUCACAGGAAGAAGGCUGUUUCCAGCAGUCACUCGAGGACAACUUCCAGGGGUUGGAAAGAAGAGAAGAGGCGGCGAGCUGCAAGGUGACGGAGUAUGAAGAUCAGGUCAGCAAAGGUCAAAUGUUAGAGGAAAAAAACAAAGAGGGGAGGCAUUCAAUCUGCAAGGCUGGAGUCAAGAAUUUGGCCAAGAUGAAGCAGAUGAUGGACCCCACAGAGACUUCUAUCAAGGUGAAGCUAAGAAGAACCCCCUCAGGAGAAGUUUGGGAGGUGGCGCGCAUGCAAGACAAAGAUGAGACAGUGUCGCCUGUUUCUUCAGUGAGACAGGGAUGCUCCACACAAAAACCCCAAGUUAAGGACUCCCACAAUCCUUCCUCUUCUGCUGACCCGGUCCAGAACCCAAAGGCUGGGAACCCUCAACCUCUCGUUGCUUCUUUCCCUAUAAACGGUUCAGACUCCUAUCCUCUUUCUGUUGGUGAUCUCAAUUUGAGCCACAGCAGGAAGUUGGAGUCAGAGCUGGAGGUGGAUGCCCCCCAGCCCCAGGAGGAAACGGAUGAGCAGAUCGACAUGCUGCUGGAGGACAUCAUGAAGGGCCUGAACAUCCUGCCCAACCUGGAUGGUGACUGUAAAAAGCUGCAGGCAGGCCACGACAGGGAAUCUGAUUUUCACCAAACUGCAGGGAGCGAUCUUAGACAGAGCCCCAUUUAUGGAGCCGGCAGUCCAGCAGAGUGUGUCCUCUACCAGGAUUUGGAGGUGGAGAGAGGCCGUCCAGCAGCACACCCAGAUCUCCAUUGUUGUGCUCAGAACUGGUCAGGCUUCCCAAGCCCUUCAGCUGUACAGCCCAGUCUUCCAAUGCAGCAAGACUCUCACAUCAACUUGUCUGUGAGCUCAUUGGGGCAGACAGAUCCACUUAGAUAUCCGGGAAUGCUAGUUUCCAAACAUCAGUGUCCUGCUGAACCUGCCUUACCUUUAGCAUGUACCUCUGGACAGAAACAGAAACAAUCCUCUGGGAAAGACCAGAGCAUAUUGGGCUUUUUACCUCUACAUGAAGAUGAUGGCCACUCUGAUUCUCUUUUUUCAUUACCCUGGAUGGAUGAAAUGAGGCUUCCUCCAUGCCUCUCUCCAUUAGAGUUUUCCACUCCAAAAGAAAAACAUCCAAACCUCCCAAGAAACUAUAAAAAACAAGCUCAGAGUCGACGUCAUCAGCGGGCCUGGCUUGCCGAAAGCCCUCAGUCUCUGCAGUUUCCUUGCAGCACCAUCAUAAAAAACAGCAACGUUUCUCUACUGUGUAAAAACAAGAAUGGUGGCUCAGAGUUCUAUCAGCAGUAUUUGAACCAAAAAAUUAAGGAUCCCAGGAAACAAACCUGUUCAGUGAAGAGUUUGGACCCCGAGGGGGCGGACACCUUAAAACGCAAAUACGACUCUAAAGGACAUGAGGUCAUUCUUAAAAAAAGGAGGAGGAGGAGGCAAAUAGAGCUCCUACAGGAUUUCAACAAUGGUUUGUUGACACCCAUAAACAUAAAGGUUACGGAUGGAACAUAUACUGUGGGAGAUAUUAAAAAAGAAGCAACCAGUAAGAGCGCCGAGCAGUCCUGGAUCCGGACCAGAGGCUUUGUUAAGAGAUAUCUACAGAGGGCUUGUAGCACUGCCCCAGAAAUGACCUACACAGGUGCUGGGCUCUACAGAGAUGGGAAAAAACUCGAAAUCUCACGGCCAAAGAAGAAACGCGGAAGACCGCCUAAAAUAAAGGUUGAGCAAAACCAUUCGGGUGAAAUUCCUGCCAUCCCUGAAGACAAGCAUGACAAAAUGGUGGAAGAAGAUUGUCCUAAAAAGAAAAUGAGCUCUAAAAAAACCUGCAAAAAAAGCACAGGAAGAUCCAAGCCAUCAUGGAAGAACACACUCAAGGAGUUUCAAAAGCUCGUUCAACGGCGACACUUAAAAACAAAGACUGUAAAAGACAGCCAGGAAGCAGCCAAACCUUCAACGAACUCAGAAGGAGACGAUAGAGGAAAGAAAGGGAGCGCUGGGUAUAACUCUGCCACAAAGACAGAAACCGACACUAAAGAGACAUCAAAAGCUAACGAUCAAGAACCCAACAGAGCUGAUUACGACAAUCAGCCAUGUAACACAACUGCAGCUCACUGCAACAAAACAGACCACGAUGACAACAGAAGAUCUAAGAUGUUACACUUCUAUGGUAAUGGAUCCCAUCCUGUCAGUGCUCAGGAUUGCUUGGAGGAUGAGUCGGUGGAGGCAACACCCAAGACAGAGCAGAGGAACACAGAUGAAGGAGUGAUCUGCUGUACUGGAGAUUUCAAAUCCGACCAGUCGGUCCCCAGUGAUGGAGGUGCGUCUUACAGCUUGUCUCUCCACUUCAACGUAUCCGUGACCAACAACUCACAGCCUCAAACCCCCCAGAAAACAAGGCCGCUGGUUACCACAGAAGAUCAAACAGAAGAGGAGGAUGAAGAAAUAGAUGUUUUGCUAUGUUCUCCAGAGAAAGCAGCUCAUGAGAGAGCUGCACUCAGUAGCAUAGUCAUAACUGUAGAUGAAGAAGAGGAAGAAGAGAAUGAGAUUGAUGUGACUGGAGAUGAAGCAUAGGAGCGUUUAGGCAUCAUUUUCAGAUCCCUGUGCCAUGUGACUUUCUUUUUAAGUUUUCAGCAAGCUCUUUAUAUCCAGUAAAAGCUGUCACCAUGUUCUGUUCCAAACACAACGUUCAAAUCUGACGUUUCAUUUUCCGUAAUCAUUUAGAAAAAGUAAGCAUGACUGUUGUUUUUUUAUCUAUAAAUUUGACAUCUCAGUGAGAUAUAAAUUGUUUUUUUCCUUUAGUUGUUUUGAGUGAGCUCAGCUGGUGUAAUUAAAUGUGUGUUUUGGAGUUUGGUUUUGAUGUUGAAUUUAAAAAAAACAUGGCAUGUUUUAUGUGCAGUUUAUUAAAAAGAAAAAGUCAGUUUUCA